AUGGGUGUCUGCGUACAGCCAGGGAGUGUUUACAUGAGAGUCUUCCCUCCCAUGAAAAGACUGAAACAAUCAAAUUUUCCCGAAGAUAGCCACUCUGAGGGCCUGUCCUUGAUGAGAUUAAAGGAAGUGGCCGAGGCAAGUAAGAUUCAUUUAACAUUGGAAAAGCCAGUGGGUGAUGAGGAAUGGGAUUUGGAGGUUUCCACGGACUGCUUGUCCUCCCGUAGCCUAAAACGUCUGCCUUCGAAAGGUUGGGGGUGGGCCCAGCAGGGUGCAGAGACAUGCCUGCUGCUGCUGCGGGUCUUCACCACCAACAACGGCCGCCACCACCGAAUGGACGAGUUCUCCCGGGGAAACGUACCGUCCAGCGAGUUGCAGAUCUAUACUUGGAUGGAUGCAACCUUGAAAGAACUGACAAGCUUAGUAAAAGAAGUCUACCCAGAAGCUAGAAAGAAGGGCACUCACUUCAAUUUUGCAAUCGUUUUUACAGAUGUUAAAAGACCUGGCUAUCGAGUUAAGGAGAUUGGCAGCACCAUGUCUGGCAGAAAGGGGACUGAUGAUUCCAUAACGCUGCAGUCGCAGAAGUUCCAGAUAGGAGAUUACUUGGACGUAGCAAUUACCCCUCCAAAUCGGGCACCCCCUUCUUUAGGGCGCAUGAGACCAUAUUAA